UUAGCUGCACUAAUCAUCUUUGUCAAAAUUAUUUAUAAUAAACGACCAUCAAAAACAAUUAAGUCGCAACUUAAUAAUCCAUUCUCAGGUCAUGUGAAUGUUUAUGAAGAUUGUCGAUGACUUAAUUGACAAAUUGUUUAGAUUUUUUCAGUUUCAAACUUUAAUCCACUUGUUCCUUGUUCCAUGCGAACAGGUAAAGUUAUUUUAGAACGUUAAUAUAAAUAAUUCCGAGCAACAUUAGACUUAAAAAAAUAUUUCAAUAUUCAUGUUCAAUGAAUUCUAAGUUUAUUUAACAAUCCCUGCGCGUUAUAUUUUUGGUUUUUGAUGGUCGUAACAAUGAAGCAGAGAAGCGAAGUUCUGGUUCAAAGAAAGCCAUCUUGGGCUGACCCAACACACCACAUCUUCCACGUCCUUCUCCACGCCCUCACGUGGCUGUACCAGCAGGUGUGUGAAAUUUUCAGCCUCCGCACUGUGAUCAGAUUCCUUGGCUGUGAUGCUUCGUCCAAAGACAAGAUGGUGGACAAGCAACCGUUCCUGCCGGACUGUGAGCAUUUCACCACCGAGAAGCUCACUCACUCCUUGGAACUUAUCAAGGCAAAUAAGUUUGAUAUUUCGGAGGCCAGUGAACUUCUUUCGAACAUCAACUGGAACAACAACUGUUUGUGA